GAAAUCAAUUCACUAUGCUCUAAGUGAAAAUCAAUAUUUGGACAUCGACUGACGAUAACAUGUUUGAAAUUGGUUUACCAAUCAUAAAAGGUGUCUAAAUUUGUAUAUGUUGUUUUUUUUGAAUAAUGAAUGAUCUAUAAUGUGAAUGUACAACAUAUCAUUCAAUUGAUUGUCUCACGAGUGAGGCGCUAAAAUAAAUGUGAAUUCACUAAUUUCAAAUAGUUUUUGUUUGUUCUUUUCUUGCAUAUAUAUAUUUACUUGGAAACCGGGAUUGGUCGGACCAUUCGCAACCCGAACAUAAACGUAAAUUAAAUACAAAGAACGUACAUGUCCGUGUUUAUGUGUAUUACAUGUUUGCGUGUACAAAAAACAAUUAUACCGAGUUUGUGAUUAUUCAAAAUUUUACCCCCAAAAGAAUCCAUAAAAAUCUUUUCCUAAGGAAUUUAUGUAUCUUUCCCUUUGCAAUAUGCAACCUUUAUCUCUCUAAUAUAAGUAUACAGUAAGACGUACCAUAUAUAUAUAUAUAUGUAGAUGCAUAUUUAUAUCUAAAACAUAAAUGAGACACGAAAAACCUAGAUCCUCCCCAAAUUUCAUCCAACGGCACAAACCGCAUAAUAAAUAACCAUAUCAAAAUAAAAUAAUAAAAGUUGAAAUUUGAUAGCGAUAGUUUAGUUCUCGAUGAAUGCGAGUCCCUCAUAUUUACUCCUUUUGGCAUUCACUCUCUUUAUUUCUCUUUAUCAACUUGAUAUGUCUUUUGGCGUCUCUUUCUUUCUCUAAAUCUUUCUUUUUUUUUCUUUAGUGUUUUUUUUAAGUCCAACCAUAAGACAAAACAACGAACGAGGAAGAGAGAGAGAAGGAUAUAUUUCUAGUCACGAUGCAGGAGAUAAUACCUGAUUUUCUUGAAGAGUGUGAAUUCGUCGACACUUCACUAGCCGGAGAUGAUUUAUUUGCCAUCUUAGAAAGUCUUGAAGGCGCCGGAGAGAUAUCUCCGACUGCUGCAUCUACACCCAAAGAUGGAACCACAAGUUCCAAGGAGUUAGUUAAGGAUCAAGAUUAUGAAAACUCAUCUCCUAAGAGGAAGAAGCAAAGACUAGAAACCAGGAAAGAAGAGGACGAAGAAGAAGAAGACGGAGAUGGAGAAGGAGAAGGUGAAGAAGAGAAUAAGCAAGAUGGGCAACACAAAAUGUCUCAUGUAACCGUGGAACGUAACCGGAGAAAGCAAAUGAACGAGCACUUAACUGUUUUACGUUCUCUUAUGCCUUGUUUCUACGUCAAACGGGGGGACCAAGCAUCGAUCAUAGGAGGAGUUGUGGAGUACAUAAGCGAGUUACAACAAGUUCUUCAGUCUUUAGAAGCCAAGAAACAACGUAAAACCUAUGCCGAAGUCCUAAGCCCGAGACUUGUCCCGAGCCCUCGGCCUUCACCGCCUGUUCUAAGCCCGAGAAAACCACCUCUUAGCCCGCGUAUCAACCACCACCAGAUCCACCACCACCUCCUUCUCCCUCCUAUAAGUCCUCGAACACCUCAGCCCACAAGCCCAUACCGGGCCAUUCCACCGCAACUACCACUCAUCCCACAGCCUCCGCUUCGCUCUUACAGCUCAUUGGCAAGUUGCAGCAGCUUAGGAGACCCACCUCCAUACUCUCCUGCUUCAACUUCUUCAUCUCCUUCAGUUAGUAGUAACCAUGAAAGUAGUGUGAUCAAUGAGCUUGUUGCUAACUCAAAAUCGGCUUUGGCUGAUGUGGAAGUGAAGUUCUCAGGAGCUAACGUGCUGCUCAAAACGGUGUCGCAUAAGAUCCCGGGACAAGUUAUGAAGAUAAUUGCUGCUCUUGAAAAUUUGGCUCUUGAGAUUCUUCAGGUUAAUAUUAACACCGUCGACGAAACCAUGCUUAAUUCUUUCACCAUCAAGAUUGGAAUUGAGUGCCAACUAAGUGCAGAAGAACUGGCUCAACAAAUUCAGCAAACAUUCUGCUAAAAAGAAGGAUUUAAUACAUCUUCGUAUAAACCCUAACGAGAGACCAGUACGUACUCACUAUCUCUCCUUAGUAUCCCUUUAGUUAUCUUCAAACUUUUCUACAAAGAUAUGGUGUUUUACAAAUAAAACUGUUAUUUAAAAUUUUAAACAAAUAUUGAUUAAUUAUAACUAAUAUAGGUAUAAGUGAGUUUUCAUAGAUUAUCAGCUUCAUAU